AAAGUCGUUAAGUUUCGGUUUCGUUUCAUAAGCAGAACGUCUUGUUUACAGUGUAGACGUAUCAUAUUUGCUAAGGUUAACCCCGUGGACAGAAUUAACAUACUGCUUAGGGAACGAAGUGUAUCAACGAGAAGGCAGAAUAUCCUUCUGCUCUUUUACUCUACUUUUUGACAGCGUGAAAUGGCUGCUUCUACAAUAACAAAAAUCCUUUGCUCCAAUAAUGGGGCUAUGGAUUACAACGAGCUGGUUUUCAAUAUCGGGUCUGGGUUUUCAUCUUCAAAUACGGUCUUGCAAAAAACACUGGAAAAUAAUCCAAAUUUUUUAAUUGUAACUUCAGAUGGAAAAAGGAAAAUCAUCGCUAAAACAAAAGUCAGGCUCUGCCGAGCCAGGAUAUGUGAUCAGGACUGCAACAAUUUACAUCUGUGCAAAUUUUUUCUAUAUGGAGACUGCAAAUAUAACAAGGGAAGGAGAAAGUGCCGUUUCAGUCAUGACAUGAACUCUGAACAAAAUGCCAAAGUUUUGAAACAAAAUGACCUGCAUGAGCUAGACAGGAGAGAACUGUGCCAACUUCUGCUUCAAAAUGAUAAUUCUCUUCUGCCUCCGGUGUGCAAUUCAUACAAUAAAGGAAAUGGGCCAUAUGGUAAUUGUACUGAACAGGAAAGCUGCACAAGACUUCAUGUGUGUGAGAAGUAUAUCCGAGGAACAUGUUUGAAUUGUACCAGAUUUCACAAUUUUGAUGUGGCUCACCCACUUAAAACCCUGGAAGAGCGAGGCUUACCCAAAGAGCUGAUCAGCUCCGUGUUUUCAGUCUACCAAAACAUUCUCAGCAUGAAGUAUGACAACAACAGCAAGAUGCCUGAAAAAGAUAAAACAGAGAUCUGUAUGUACUAUGUCUGGAAAGACUGCAAGCAUGGAGACAAGUGUAACAGAGUCCAUUUCAAUAUGCCCUAUAAGUGGGAAGUUUGGGAUGGUGUGGGCUGGUCCCAUCUUUCUGACAAUGAAGGAAUUGAAAAGGAUUUCUGUGAUCCUAUCAAACUAUACAGUUCAGGAUUGGACCGUGUGUGUUUUGACACAAUGACGAAAGGAUCAGCUAAAGUGAGGCGUCUUUCCACAGUUUCAUCUGUCACUCAGCCCAGCUUUGUCCUUACCACAGAAUGGGCCUGGUACUGGGAGGAUGAGAGCGGAAACUGGAUUCAAUAUGCAUCAUCAGAUGGAAUUCAUGGUGCCUCAUCCAUCACAAGUGAAGACCUAGAGAAAAAGUACUUGGAGGAUAAAAAUGGAGUUGUUGAGUUUACAGCAGGCAGACAGACAUAUGAACUCAGCUUUCAAGACAUGAUUCAGACAAAUAAACGAUAUGGAACUAAAAGGCUGGUUCGAAGGCGCCCAGUGUUUGUGUCACCAUCAGAUGCACAGCUUAUCAGAACCAGAAAAAAAGGACUUAACAAGGGCAUUUCUCAUGAUUUCAAAGCUGUCCCUUCUUACUGGGAUAAAUCAUCAUUGCUUGAAACCGGAUACAAGAAAAUCCUCCUGCAGAAAUCUACAGCUGAGUACCAGAAGAUAGAAAACCUUUUUAAAAAGACAAUGAUUGGAUUCACCAUUUCCAGACUUGAAAGAAUCCAGAACAAAUCCUUAUGGGAAGUCUUUCAAUGGCAAAAAGAGCAAAUGAAAAAAAAUAAUGCCAGGCAGAACGUCAAUGAGAAACUGCUUUUCCAUGGUACAGAUACAGCAUAUGUUGAUGCUAUUUGCCGACAGAAUUUUGACUGGAGAAUCUGUGGAACACAUGGAACAGCCUAUGGAAAAGGGAGCUACUUUGCGAGGGAUGCCAAGUAUUCUCACAGCUACACUGGCUCUUCUGCAACCAAAACCAUGUUUGUUUCCUGGGUUCUAGUUGGCCAGUAUGCAAAAGGAAGCUCUAGUUAUCUUCGUCCUCCCUCAAAAGAUGGUGGAGACACAAUUUUCUAUGACAGCUGUGUAGAUAACAUCUAUGAUCCCUCCAUUUUUGUGGUGUUUGAAAAGCACCAGAUCUAUCCAGAAUAUCUUGUACAAUACAGUGAGGACAUUGUGCAAUCUGACCCACUAUAUACAAUGUAUUCCUAUCCAAACUCAACUGCAGUGCCUACUCCUCAACCAAAACCAAGACCGGCACCAAGCUCAUACAGAAACCAAUAUGUAAACUCACCUGUACACUAUGCAACACAGUCAACUGCAGUGCCUACUCCUCAGCCAAAACCAACACCGGCACCAAGCACAUACAGAAACCCUUAUACAUAUGUGUCCACAAGCCCCUCAAGUAUAUCAGACUCCUCAACAACUACUUCAUCAGUCUACAGUUUUUCAACAAACCCACCACGUUCGAAACCUAAAGAUACAUGCAUCAUCUCUUAACUUCAAGAUUUUCAUUUUGAAAAAAAUGUAAAAGAAUGAGUUAUUAGUCAUGGAUUAAUUUUUAUAUGCCUUUUAAAGAUGUAAAUUUCAGGGACAUAGUUGUUCUCAAGGGCUCCAGCAUGCUCCCAACAAUCACCAGGGUGCCUUAUUGUAUUGUCAUGUGAUUGUUAUUUUGUUCUAAAUCAUUUAGUUUUCACUUUAUUCCAUUUCAUUAAUGUAUUUGUAGUAGCACAUAUAUAAGAAAUAUGCAUAUUUGUUUUCAUGUCUGUAUUUGACUUUCAGAUACUGUAUAUUGGCUUAAAUUUAUGGGUUUGUUUAGACAAUCUUGCAGUAAUAGCUAACCCCACAAAUAUGUCAAAGAAAAUGCAAGGUAAAUGUAAAGAUCAUAAUAUUUUAAAAUGAGGAAAAUGCAACAGAUCAAAAUAUUUUACUACCAUUUUUCUGCAACAUAUUCUAAUAAAAAAUAUCCCUCCUUGUUUGAUGUCAGUCCUGCAAAAGCUGUCUCACAACAUUGGUAGUGGCACCAUCUGUUGUUGUCUGCAUGGUGUACACCAUUUCCUAGAGAGUGUUUAGCUUGUAAUAUUUUCUUUUUCACUCUUCUCUCAAGCUCAUCUGGAUAUGACUGGCACUAUGCAGAAACAAAAUUAAUUUGAUACUUUAGGUGCUACUUUGGAGAGUGUGGUAAUUACCAUGGCUCUAUGAUAGGAGGUUGAUAUUUGCAGAUUUAAGGUGUGUUGACACUUGCAUGCUAAAAUUGUUUUGCUUGGAUUUGUUCCACAAUGCUUCUUUCAGAUUUGAGUGAAUAAGGGGAGCAGCUCAUCUUUCAAUGAUGUCACUGCAAGGCUAUUACAACAAAUCACAGGACUUGCUGCUUUAAUUAAGUUUGUCACCAAAGGAGCUCUUAGUGACUAAUUCCAAUCCUACCCUGAUUGUGCUUUCUCAGCUGAGUCUUUUGGAGAAUCCCAGUCACAGGCAUCUAGACAUUUUUGUCUGCAAUAUUUGUGUUAAUAUAAAUCUAUCAAUUAAAAUAGUCAUAUAUAAGUAAUAUAUUAAAUUAGCUAAUAGGAUGCAAAGUUGCAUGUUGAAAACCUUUGCUGGGAUAAAGAAAACUUCAAAAAUAACUAAUUUAGAGCAUAGAUUAAGUCCCACAGUGUAGAUUCUGCUACUUCAAGCCUGAUUUAAGAGGCUGUCGAUGAGUUUCUCCUCAGUUUGCCAUGCAGCAGUGACUCCUGUGGCUUGGUGGAUACCACAGAUCUUGUGCUAGAGCUAUCAAACCAUAUGAAAUUGCCUCCUAUUCUGAUUUAGGUUUUACAAUUUAUAUAAUGUGAUAAACUGUUUUACUUAAGCUGUGCUUAAUCAGCAAUUGGUUCAGCAUUUUUUUAUCUUAGUAAUACUAAAACCUCCUUUUAGUGUUAUAAUGAUGCAAACCGUCUGCAACACUUUUUUUAAUUGAUAUGUAAAAAGUGUUCAGUCAUUACAACUAUGAAAUUCAUGUAAUAAUAAAAGCAGAUGGCUUGCUAAUUGCA